GGCGGCAGCAACUGCAACCCCAGCCUGGCGACCGCGAGCGGCGGCGGCGGCGGCGCCUCCAGCACCCCCAUCAACGCGAGCACCGGCAGCAGCAGCAGCAGCAGCAGCAGUAGCAGCAGCAGCAGUAGCAGCAGCAGCAGCAGCAGCAGUAGCAGCAGCAGCUGCGGCCCCCUCCCCGGGAAACCCGUGUACUCGACCCCGUCCCCAGUGGAAAACACCCCUCAGAAUAAUGAGUGCAAAAUGGUGGAUCUGAGGGGGGCCAAAGUGGCUUCCUUCACGGUGGAGGGCUGCGAGCUGAUCUGCCUGCCCCAGGCUUUCGACCUGUUCCUGAAGCACUUGGUGGGGGGCUUGCACACGGUCUACACCAAGCUGAAGCGGCUGGAGAUCACGCCGGUGGUGUGCAAUGUGGAACAGGUUCGCAUCCUGAGGGGACUGGGCGCCAUCCAGCCCGGAGUGAACCGCUGCAAACUCAUCUCCAGGAAGGACUUCGAGACGCUCUACAAUGACUGCACCAACGCAAGUUCUAGACCUGGAAGGCCUCCUAAGAGGACUCAGAGUGUCACCUCCCCAGAGAACUCUCACAUCAUGCCGCAUUCUGUCCCUGGACUCAUGUCUCCUGGGAUAAUCCCACCUACAGGUCUGACAGCAGCAGCUGCAGCAGCGGCCGCUGCUACCAAUGCAGCCAUUGCCGAAGCAAUGAAGGUGAAAAAAAUCAAAUUGGAAGCCAUGAGCAACUAUCAUGCCAGUAAUAACCAACAUGGAGCGGAUUCUGAAAACGGCGACAUGAAUUCAAGUGUUGGACUGGAACUUCCUUUUAUGAUGAUGCCCCACCCUCUCAUUCCUGUGAGCCUACCUCCAGCGUCUGUCACCAUGGCAAUGAGCCAGAUGAACCAUCUCAGCACCAUUGCCAAUAUGGCGGCAGCGGCACAAGUUCAGAGUCCCCCUUCCAGAGUUGAGACAUCUGUAAUUAAGGAGCGCGUCCCGGACAGCCCUUCGCCCGCCCCCUCCCUGGAGGAGGGCCGGAGGCCCGGCAGCCACCCAUCAUCACACCGCAGCAGCAGCGUGUCCAGCUCCCCGGCGCGGACUGAGAGCUCUUCGGACAGAAUCCCUGUCCAUCAGAAUGGGUUGUCCAUGAACCAGAUGCUGAUGGGUUUAUCACCAAACGUCCUCCCUGGGCCCAAAGAGGGAGAUUUGGCUGGUCAUGAUAUGGGACAUGAAUCGAAAAGGAUGCAUAUUGAAAAAGAUGAGACCCCGCUUUCCACACCAACCGCAAGAGACAGCCUUGACAAACUCUCUCUAACUGGGCAUGGACAACCACUACCUCCAGGUUUUCCACCUCCUUUUCUGUUUCCUGAUGGACUGUCUUCCAUAGAGACCCUUCUGACUAACAUACAGGGGCUCUUGAAAGUUGCCAUAGAUAAUGCCAGAGCUCAAGAAAAACAAGUCCAACUGGAAAAAACAGAGCUGAAGAUGGAUUUUUUAAGGGAAAGAGAACUAAGAGAAACUCUUGAGAAGCAGUUGGCUAUGGAACAAAAGAACAGAGCCAUAGUUCAAAAGAGGCUAAAGAAAGAGAAGAAGGCAAAGAGAAAAUUACAGGAAGCACUUGAAUUUGAGACAAAACGGCGUGAGCAAGCAGAACAAACACUAAAGCAGGCAGCUUCUACAGAUGGUCUCAGGGUCUUAAAUGACUCUCUGACCCCAGAGAUAGAGGCUGACCGCAGUGGCAGCAGAACAGAUGCUGAGAGGACAAUACAAGAUACGGCAAGGUACAUGCAAAAUAGACUGGUUGAAUGUUAACAAUAAAUAAGAUUGUUUAGUC